UAAAUAUAUUCUGAACGCUGGUCGAUGGAUUUAUUACUUGAUAUAAUACAAGAAUAUUUUACCUGUACUUUCUCCAUAGGCUAGAAAAUCUUGAAGUAUGGGCGACUGGAGUUUUCUGGGGCGGCUGUUGGAGAACGCUCAGGAGCACUCGACGGUUAUCGGCAAAGUCUGGCUGACCGUCCUCUUCAUCUUCAGGAUCCUGGUGCUGGGGGCAGCGGCGGAGGAGGUGUGGGGCGACGAGCAGUCCGACUUCACCUGCAACACCCAACAGCCCGGCUGCGAGAACGUCUGCUACGACCAGGCCUUCCCCAUCUCGCACAUCCGCUUCUGGGUGCUGCAGAUCAUCUUCGUGUCCACGCCGACGCUCAUCUACCUGGGCCACGUGCUGCACAUCGUCCGCAUGGAGGAGAAGCGGAAAGAGAAGGAGGACGAGAUACGCAAGGCCAACAGGUUGCAGGAGGAGAAAGAACUCCUUUAUAGAAACGGCGGAAACGCAAGCAGGGGCAAGAAGGAGAAACGGCCAAUCAGGGACGAGCACGGCAAAAUCCGCAUCAGAGGCGCGCUGCUGCGCACGUACGUCUUCAACAUUAUUUUCAAGACUCUGUUUGAAGUGGGAUUCAUUUUGGGCCAGUAUUUCCUCUACGGCUUCCAGCUGAGGCCUCUGUACAAGUGUGCGCGUUGGCCCUGCCCCAACACCGCGCUCACUGUGUGGGCGGUGCUCAAUGGCCGCGUAGCGCGACGUUAUACCGACAACAAUGGGGGGGGACAUCCGGCAGUUCCUGCUAGCUUUGUGGUCGUUUGUCUCAAGCAGACGUCAAACACCGGCCCCAAGGGAGUGACGUUUUUCUGUCAUCAGCUGACUGAUUGA